GAAUAUAAAUAUUCAGUAGAAGUACAGCUUCCCUCUGGAUUUCUCAAAGAGAGAGAACAGCAGCAGACCUCAAUCCUUUUUUGUUGCAGAGAUCUUUUUGGCGCUGUCGAUAUAGAAAUUAGAAUAAAGGAAGUGCAAAAAAGAAAUAGAGAAGGGGAAGAGAAAGGAGCAGCUGGUUUUUUUUUUUCUCUUUUUUGUAUCAUAAAUCCCACUAGUUUGUCCAUUUGCGUUUUUUUUUGUUUUCACAUUUGAUCCCAUGUUCGUAUCCUUAGGCUUUGAUCCUACGCUUUUUGUCGUCUGUCGCGACCUUAGAUCGAUCAAAACAAAACGCUUUUUUUCUUUUCUUUUUCUUUAUCUCAUCGAAAAACAUAAACAAAGGUGGAGUUAGAUAGAAAUAGAAGAGAGAAAAAAAAAGGGAAAAGGAGAGUGUUUGUUACUUACUUUGUUGGUUCUUCUAAAGCCCAAAGUCUUCUUUUUUUUUUUUCUUUUGGGGUGACACUGAAAAAUGGGUACCGGUUGGAGAAGAGCUUUUUGCAUUACAAUCCCUAGAGAAUCUGAAACCACUGGUUUCGACAAGCAUCAACAAGAGCAGAGUCCGAGUCCCAGCCACAGAAGUUGUGCCAAGUUAAGCUUUUUUUCUAGUGAAAGUAACGCUUCUACCCCUCGAUUUCAAUCUCAACCAGUUUCUAGCCCCAGUCUCCGUUGCCCCAUUAUUGAUGAACCAUCUUCCACAAGUGAAAGCCCCCCUCUUCAAUGCAAAACCACCCCUAAAGCAGCCACUAAAAGUCCUAAACCAAUUCUCUCAUCAAAUUCUUCCUCCCCUCGUUCACCUCUCAAGCUCUCACUUUUCCGCAACAGCUUCAAGUUCAGAAGUAGUUGUGGAAUCUGUUCGAACAGCGUGAAGACAGGUCAAGGAACAGCCAUUUACACAGCGGAAUGUGCACAUGCCUUUCAUUUUCCAUGCAUAGUUGGUCAUGUUCGUAAACAUGAUUCCUUCGUUUGCCCUGUUUGUAAUACCACCUGGAAAGAUGUCCCUCUUCUCUCCAUUCACAAAAACCCAACCCCUGAAAAUGACACUGUUCUAAUUGAAAACACCAUCCCCAGAAUCGAAGAGAAAAAAAUCAUCCAAUCUUAUUCACCGAGAAUUGUCAAUAAGCAAGAACCAAAACCCAAACCGUCUGAUUUAAGAUCCUACGAUGAUGACGAGCCAUUGCUUUCUCCAACCGCCGGUAGUCGUUUUAUUCCCAUUCCAGAAGCUGAUGAAAACGUUGAACUAGAAGAUGACGACGUCAAGGAGUUCCAAGGAUUCUUUGUUAAUCCCAACCCUUCAUCCGCCGUUAAGUCCGAUGAAGUGCUCCCAUCCAACGGACGUGAUUUGAGGAAUGUUAAGGUCAGAUUAUCUCCCGAAACGGCAGUCGUUUCAGUGGGCCGUGGAUACGAAACUUACGCCGUGGCUUUAAAAAUCAAGGCCCCACUACCUCCCCCUGCAAAAAUACAUGCUUCUUCGAGGAAUAGUAACAAUACGGGGUCACAUUUGGACCCUUCGCAACGUGCGCCUAUCGAUUUGGUUACCGUUCUUGAUGUGAGCGGAAGCAUGACCGGUGCUAAACUCCAGAUGUUGAAACGCGCCAUGCGUUUAGUUAUUUCGUCGCUCGGCUCAGCUGAUAGGCUUUCCAUCGUGGCAUUCUCGGCUAGUCCAAAACGAUUAUUGCCUUUGCGGAGGAUGACGGCUCAGGGUCAACGAGCUGCUUGGUGCAUUAUUGAUCGGCUCGUUUGCAGUCAAGGAACGAGUGUUGGCGAUGCGUUGAGGAAAGCUACGAAAGUGCUUGAGGAUCGAAGGGAGAGAAAUCCAGUAGCUAGCAUUAUGUUGUUAUCCGACGGCCAGGAUGAAAGAGUCCAAUCUAAUGCUUCGAGUGAACGGCAUCAUUCAAGCCACGUGUCGUCGACUCGUUUCGCCCACAUUGAAAUCCCGGUUCAUGCGUUUGGAUUUGGGCAAAGUGGCGGUUACAGUCAUGAGCCAGCUGAGGAUGCGUUUGCUAAAUGCGUUGGUGGGUUAUUGAGCGUUGUAGUACAAGAUUUGAGAAUUCAGCUCAGCUUCGCAUCUGGCUCAGCUCCAGCUGAAGUAACAGCCGUUUAUUCAUGUAAAGGGCAGCCUACUGUUUUAACUUCCGGCUCGGUGCGGCUCGGCGAUUUGUACGCUGGGGAAGAAAGUGAAUUACUCUUGGAGCUGAAAGUUCAAACGUCGGCGGCUGGGUCCCACCACGUGUUGUGCGUUCGCUGUCUUUUCAAGGACCCCGCUUCGCAAGAAGUUGUAUACGGCAGAGAUCAAGCGCUUCUUGUACCUCGGCCCCACGCCGUUAGAUCAUCGUCUCCUAAAAUCGAACGGUUGAGAUUCUUUUUCAUCACGACUCGAGCCAUCGCCGAGGCCAGGAGGUUGAUUGAGUGCAGUAACGACUUGACAAGCGCUCACCAUUUGUUGGCCUCGGCUCGAGACUUGUUGAUGCAGUCGAAUUCGUUUUCGGCUGAGGAAUAUGUCAGAGGGCUGGAAGCUGAGCUGGCGGAAUUGCAAUGGAGGAAACAGAAGAUGAUGGAAAUCCAACGGCGGAGGGUCAACGAAAGGGAGGCGAUGACGAAUGAGACUGAGGAGCCACUCACGCCGUCAUCGGCUUGGAGAGCGGCUGAGAAGUUGGCCAAAGUAGCCAUCAUGAAGAAGUCUUUGAAUAGAGUCAGCGAUUUACACGGCUUCGAAAAUGCUAGAUUUUAGUUUUAUUUUCCUUAAAAAAAUUUAAUGAAAAAAAUGAAGAAAAAAAAGAGGGAUUAUGGAUUAAUUCAAGAAAUUGAUUGGUUGGGUUGCUUUAGAAAAAAAAAAAAAAGCUUUCGGAUUUUGUCUUUUUUUCCUUUAAAUUAAAUCCUCAUUUUCUUCUGUGUAGGAAAAGUUUGUAUUUAUAGUGUAGGAAGUUUUCACGUGUAAUUGGGUUUCUCCUCCUUUUGCUGUUAACUUUUUUGGGAUUUUUUAAUUUAGCAUUUGGCAAGUGGGAUUUUAAUCCUUAUUUUUUUGAUUCACUUUAUAGUUUAUAAUGUUAUCCUUUUGGGGUUUUUCAGAAAAAUUGAUUGUCAAGUGAAAAAAAGAAGACAAAGGAAAAGGUGUAGAAUGAUUGAGGUAGCUAGGACUUGGAAAUGACAAUGAUGAAUGAAUCAUUUUCCUGUAAUUAUAUUUUCGUUGUUAUUAAAGUAUUGUUUUGCUUUUCAAUUCCUGAAUUAUAGUAAAACUAAACCCUUUUAUAGACUUGUGACAUUGGUGAUAGGCUUCACCAUCAGCCCCCACAUUACCCUCUGAUUCUUUCAGCUAUCACCCAUUUCUUUUCUGAUACAGUUGGAAAUGUUAAUCCUGAAACUAAUUUCUGUACAAAUUGGAUGAUUUUCUCGAGUUCUUAGAAGUUUUGAGUAUCCUUCUGAA